AUGACAGUAGCAUACGACUUGAACCAUCGGAGUUCAACUCCUCAAAUGGCCAGUAACACAGCAUUAGAAGAUCGGUUCGAAGUACUGAAGGAUAUUGGAGACGGCUCGUUUGGGAGUGUAGCUCUGGCAAGAGUGAGAGGUGCUGGCUCUAAUGUUGCUCGACGAGGAACAGUGAUCGCCAUCAAAACCAUGAAAAAGCAUUUCGAAUCUUUCGCCCCAUGUUUAGAGCUUCGAGAGGUUGUCUUCCUUCGAACCCUCCCCCCACACCAGCAUCUCGUUCCAGCUUUAGACAUUUUCCUCGACCCUUUUAGCAAGAAACUUCAUAUUUGUAUGGAGUAUAUGGACGGCAAUUUAUAUCAACUCAUGAAGGCUCGAGAUCACAAAUGUCUAGACGUCGGUAGUGUCAAGAGCAUAUUGUUCCAAAUCAUGCAAGGCCUGGAGCAUAUUCAUGCACACCAUUUCUUCCAUCGCGAUAUCAAGCCGGAAAAUAUCCUCGUCUCCACCUCGGCCCAACAAGAAUCUGGGAACUCUUUCCGACGAUAUUCCGCCAUGGUAACACCUCCCUCGACACCUCCGACUUAUACGGUUAAGAUCGCCGAUUUUGGACUUGCCAGGGAAACACAUUCGAAGUUGCCAUACACGACUUACGUUUCGACAAGAUGGUAUCGUGCUCCUGAGGUUCUCCUACGCGCUGGAGAAUACUCUGCGCCUGUGGACAUUUGGGCCAUCGGUGCCAUGGCUGUGGAAAUCGCGACUUUGAAACCCUUGUUCCCAGGAGGAAAUGAAGUUGACCAAGUUUGGAGAGUCUGCGAGAUCAUGGGAAGCCCAGGGAAUUGGUAUAAUAAGGCAGGCUCUAGAGUAGGAGGUGGAGAUUGGAGAGAAGGAACUCGACUAGCUGGCAAGCUUGGAUUCUCCUUCCCCAAGAUGGCACCACAUGCCAUGGAUACUAUUAUUCAACCCCCUCAAUGGCCUGCCUCUCUCAGCAAUUUUGUCACGUGGUGUUUGAUGUGGGAUCCCAAGGCCCGUCCAACGUCUACUGAGGCUCUUGCCCACGACUUUUUUACUGAUGCGGUUGAUCCAUUACGACCCAAAUCAUCUGCAUCGAGGAUGCUAGGACGCAAGCACUCGGACUUGAGCUACCGCGGGUCGAAGGACUCCCCAGAGGUCUUGUCUUCGACCUCCAAGCCUUCAUGGUUUAGAAAGUCUCUGAUCGGCCGGACCGAUAACACUUCUGCAGCCGCUCCAGCCGUUUCAAAAGAGAACGAUGCGCCUCGGCCAUCACCUGUGCACGCAGUUACUGACAUACCUGUCUCCAAGACACGGCCGACUCCAGGCAAGAGAACAACAUGGACCAACGGUCCUUCAAACUUAGCUCCUAUGCCCAUCUUACCUACAAUUAAGCCGAUCUCACCACUCUCGGAUACUGUCACUGCUCAAGCAAGCAGCCGAACACCAUCUUAUAGUGAUGCUUACGCCGCUGGUCAAAAACAUGACGAUAAGGUGGCAAAGAAGAUUGGCCGUCAAUUAUCGGUUGCUUCUACAGGAAAUCACUAUGCCGAUAUCCACAGACAACAGGCAGAGAUGGCUCUGAACGGCCAGUCCGGCUUGGCCUCCCCACCGAAUGGACAAAAAGAGAGUUUCUUCUCGCAUCUACGGAAACGAGCGAGAAGAUUCUCUGGGCGUCAAGCCCAAACUCCAAUCUCGCCAAAAUCAAUGGACCUCGAAGCUCAAGCUGGCUGUGGACCAUGGGCAAGCAAUAGAUCAUCGAUGGUCAUUGACAACCCAGCGCAAUCGCCAAGUCCUGUGCAAAGGGUUGAUACGCAUGAGGCCUUGGAUAAAGCUCUCCGUAACGUGCAACAAAAUCUUGACUCGUCGCAAACCGCACCCAUCCCCCCCAAUCACUUAGUCAACCCGAACAGUGUUUUGAAACGUCACCAUUCACUACCUCAACAGCCAGCUAGAUCUGUUGAUAAUCUACGUGGCGUUGGGCCCAUCUCAAGUAGGACCCGUCGAUCUCAUAUCCCAGGGGGUCGCCAGUAUGAGACUCCUGAUGAAGAAGAUGAAUUGCUCGACGAGGCUUUGACAUCAACACAUAAGGCGAUGAAACGGCUGGACCGGAAUUCGAUUCAGAAUGAUACUCGCCAGCCACUCCGUCAGUCGAGUAGCAACUUGGGAUUAUCGAAUCCUUAUCCCACCCCUUCGCCAUCAGCUAGCGGCAACGCGGCCCUCUUCGGCCACGGGACCACACAAGUGACACCGUCUAAGGUUCGAGACAAUCAUAAGCAAUCGUCAACUCCCCCAUACGACCACGAGGAGAACGAGUGGGCCGUAUCUGCAGCGGCGAGCAUAUUCGCUGUUGGCAAUCGGUUUUAG